AUGAGUUCGUUCAAUAGAUCGGAAAGAAGAAAAUCUGUGGCGGAAAGAAGACCUAGCGUGCCAUAUAUUGCACCGGUCAUUCCACACUUGGCUGGUUUAGAGAAACCACAAGAGCAUAGCUUGAAAAUGGACCACUGUGACGUGUUGAUUAUGGGUACUGGAUUGGUCGAGAGCAUAUUGGCGGCUGCGUUAUCGUGGCAAGGCGUUGAAAUAUUGCAUAUCGAUAAUAAGCAGUACUAUGGUGAUCUGACUUCGACGUUGACGAUAGACCAAUUGAAAAAAUGGUGUAUGGAAGUCAAUCAAGGCAAGGUACAACAUUUCCAUGAUGCACAAUUCUAUAUGCCUGGGGGAAAACUCAAAGAUCAAUUUCACAGCAAAGAUUAUGGUAUUGACUUGACUCCUAAGAUCAUGUUUGCUCAAUCAGACUUGUUGUCCCUUUUAAUUAAGUCUCGUGUUUAUAAGUACUUGGAAUUCCAAAGUUUAAGCAACUUCCAUGUUUUCGAAAACGAUAACUUUAAUAAGAAACUCUCAAACACUACGAAAGAGGAUAUCUUCACGGAUCAAUCGUUAUCGUUGGUGACUAAGAGGUAUCUUAUGAAAUUUUUGAAAUUUGUUUUACAAGAUAAUAAUGAUCAGAACAAGAAGAGUAUGCUACAGGAUAAUGCUAACGUUCCAAUCGGCGAGUUUUUAACUAAAAAUUUUAACCUUGAAACGCCCCAAAUUAACGAAUUGGUUUAUUCGAUUGGUUUAUGCGCUAAGACAACAACGAAAACACCAGAGGCGUUAACUAGAAUAAAGAGAUUUUUGGUCUCAUUUGAUGUUUAUGGUAACUUUCCGGUGAUGGUCCUGAAAUAUGGUGGUCCCGGUGAAAUUUCACAAGGAUUUUGUCGUAGCGCUGCAGUUGCCGGUACAACUUACAAGCUAAACACUACUUUAGUUGAUUAUGAUCCACAACUGAAGAUUGCAAGGUUCAAUGACGGCAGUAAUAUCAAAAUCAACGAAAAAGUUGUUGUAUCACCUACUCAAAUGCCAAAGUUUUUGCAGCAAAGUUAUAAUGAAAUAACGGAAGACUUAAAACCUUAUAACGUGACUAGAUUAGUGACAAUUGUGAAAAACGAUUGUAAAGAAUGGAUGUCAGAACAAGAAACAUCUGCCAUUGUGGUAUUCCCACCAAACUCUUUACCAACUAGUAACCAGCAAAGUGUUCAAGUUAUAAUACAAAAUGGGGGUUCUGGUGUAUGUCCCGAGGGACAAGCAGUUUGGUUCUCACAUAGUAGUGAGCAAGACUUGAAUAAAGCAAAGCAAGACUUGGAAUGUGCACAUGAAAAGAUGGAGUCAGCUAUAUUGCGUGAAUCGUCCAAUAAUUUAGAUGAAGUUUUAGAUGAUAAAGAUUUUGUUUUGAGUGCCCAAGGUACCCCAGUGUUGGUUAACUCGAUCAAAUUAGGCGAAUCGUUACAAAGCUUUGUUCCUGAAGAGAAAUUAGAAAUUGUUUGCAAGCUCGGGUAUGUUCAAAAGACUUUUGUAAAGCCUGACUUAUCAAAUGUUAUAGCGCCAACACCAGAGAAUAAUGUAUCUUCUGCUACCAUUAGCGACGCCGAAGAUAUUAUUUUCUCAAAUAUGCCAUCGUCCGAAAUUAGUUACGAUGGUAUAAUUGGUGAAUGCAAACUGAUUUUCUCUAGAAUUACAGGAUCUGACGAGGAUUUUUUCGAUGUUGAUUUUGAAGACGAGGACGAUGAUUACAACAACCACCAAGCACCUAGCACCAAUUCCAAAACUACUUCAGAUUCUACCACUACCAACAAUAUUGGCUCGCCUAUAUUGGACAGUGUGCUUGAUGACGAAGGACAUCAUGAACCAUUCGGUGCUGACGAAAUGGAAUUAUAA